CUUUUCGCUCACUCUCUCUCUGUGUUGCUACUACCCGCCGCCUCCCCCUUUUCUCUCCGUCUUCCUCACCCACCCCCUUUCUUUCCGUCUCCUUAGUCCCUGCACCUCCAGUCUGCUUCUGUUGUCUCGGCGGAUUGUUGGGCUGUGGGAGAGAAGAAGGAUAUCGCGAGUAUUGGAGUUUUGGUGAGAGUUUGUGGAAGAUGGCGCCUGUUGUGACAGGGAAGUUCGGGGAGCGCCCUCAGCCACAGCGUCUAACCAGAGAAGCGAUGAGGAACUACUUGAAGGAGCGAGGUGACCAAACCGUCAUGAUCCUGCAUGCAAAAGUUGCACAGAAAUCCUACGGCAAUGAGAAAAGGUUCUUCUGUCCGCCUCCCUGUGUCUACCUGAUGGGCAGCGGCUGGAAGAAAAAGAAGGAGCAGAUGGAACGAGAUGGCUGCUCUGAGCAAGAGUCGCAGCCCUGUGCCUUCAUUGGCAUCGGCAACAGCGACCAAGAAAUGCAACAGCUAAAUCUAGAGGGAAAGAACUAUUGCACAGCCAAAACCUUGUACAUAUCCGACUCCGACAAAAGAAAGCACUUCAUGUUGUCUGUCAAGAUGUUUUACGGCAACAGCGCUGACAUCGGCGUCUUCCUCAGCAAGAGGAUCAAAGUAAUCUCCAAACCUUCCAAAAAGAAGCAGUCGCUCAAAAACGCCGACUUGUGCAUUGCAUCAGGAACCAAAGUGGCGCUCUUCAACCGACUGCGGUCCCAGACUGUCAGCACACGUUAUCUCCAUGUGGAGGGGGGUAACUUCCACGCCAGCUCCCAGCAGUGGGGCGCCUUCUAUAUCCACCUGUUGGAUGAUGAGGAGUCUGAAGGAGAAGAGUUCACAGUGAGAGAUGGCUACAUCCACUAUGGUCAGACGGUCAAGCUGGUGUGCUCGGUCACCGGCAUGGCUCUUCCCAGACUGAUCAUCCGUAAAGUGGACAAGCAGACAGCACUGCUGGACGCCGACGACCCAGUCUCCCAGCUCCACAAAUGUGCCUUCUACCUGAAGGAUACAGAGCGCAUGUACCUGUGUCUCUCCCAAGAACGGAUCAUCCAGUUUCAAGCCACUCCAUGCCCAAAGGAACCAAACAAAGAGAUGAUCAACGACGGUGCCUCCUGGACAAUCAUCAGCACGGACAAAGCAGAGUACACUUUCUAUGAGGGAAUGGGCCCGGUCCACUCGCCUGUCACCCCGGUGCCAGUGGUUGAGAGUUUACAGCUUAAUGGUGGUGGUGAUGUGGCCAUGUUGGAGCUCACGGGACAGAACUUCACUCCAAAUCUCCGGGUCUGGUUUGGAGAUGUAGAAGCCGAAACUAUGUACAGGUGUGGGGAGAGUAUGCUGUGUGUGGUUCCCGACAUCUCUGCCUUCCGCGAGGGCUGGCGGUGGGUGCGGCAACCGGUCCAGGUUCCUGUUACGCUGGUGAGGAACGACGGCAUCAUCUAUUCCACCACUCUUACCUUCACCUACACGCCGGAGCCGGGCCCGCGGCCACACUGCAGCGCUGCCGGCGCCAUCCUGAGAGCCGGGAACUCCAGUCUGCUCAGCAGCAGCAGCCAGGACUCCGGCGUUUACGGACCCAACAGCACCUCCAACGCUGGGGUCACCUCCUCGUCCUCCACCGCCGCGGCAGCUGUGGUCUCCUAACGCACGCAGGAGCCAUUUUCUAUUGAAAUGCCUUCAGAGCAAAUAUGCCGUAAGGCGUAUGAACUAUGGGAAAUAAUAAAACUGACUCCAAUGUGCUGUGGAUUCGUAAUGGAUACAAAGAAGCUGAGAGAACUGAGGAGGAGGCGUGACGUCACAUGGCAACAGACAUGCUCCCAUCAUGCCUCCCCUCUUGUGGUUACUGUCGGACCUGCCUGUCCAGCUUCUGGUGUGUGGGAUGAGUGACGUUCCUGCAGGCUCUGAGCACCAGCACCUUUCUGUGAAACCGCAACAGCAAUACAUCCAAGUCUAUUCCCCCUCCCACUCAAGCCCCAUUUCCCUGUGCUCUCAUUCUACUCCCUUAUUCUCCUUUCGUCUGUGGUUUCCUAGAAUGGGUCUGGAUGUAUUGUUGUUGAAAGCAGCGCCUGGAUGCAGGACGCUAACAUAGUUUUUAUGGACCAAGGAUCUUGUAUAAGCUUUAGUAAAGGUACAUUUUUCUCCAUACCUUUUUUGUAUUAAGCAUAUAGUACACUUUUGUUACCAAAUAGUUUCUAUCCUUCCUCUGAGCUCAGGCUUUGUUUUCCCCAUGAGGUCCAAAAUCCAUCCCUCUAACAAUUGCCUGAUUUUGAAAUAUCUUCUUUUUUUCUGGAUACUCUCUAUCGUUUAUUGGGGAAAUCUCAAGUCUUGGUUUUCAUAAACAAAGUUUUUUUUUUGUGUUCUUUGUUUUGAUUGGGGACUAACCUCAGAGGGCCUAUUUUGAUCAUUGGUUUUGAUGAAGUCUUUAAAAAGAAAAGCUUUAAGCAACGCCUCUGCCUUGCCUGAAAUACACGUAUGUGCGCGACGUCUCUUUCAGAACACACAUCUCACACAGCCAUGACGACUACGAUGUCCACGGGAGUGACUUUGUCAUUUCCCAAUUAAUGUCAGAAGUCAUCGACUUUAAACAGGAUCGCCUUAGUACAGUAUGACAUCACUGUGUGUACAGUCGAGUCACAUGUCCAAACGUUGCUAAUGCUGACCUUGCACUGCGUACACGGCCUGGUUUCGUCUCAAGAUGUUACGUAAGCCGGUAGCUGAUGUGAUUGUAGCAGUCAAUUCGAGUCCAUUUUUUAGUUUUUGUUAGUGUUGCCCUGCAUUCUGUCCUGAACUCAUGUCUUUUAUCAUUUUAUCAUGUUUUCAUCCAUUGUUUUUCCACACAAAUUAAAUUGGAAAGCUUAAUUUUGUCACAUAUCCUGGGAUCAUCUGGAAAUAUGAAAUAACUUGUGUUUCAAAGGUUACUGAAAUAGAAAAAUGGCUGUUGAAUUUUUAGAGUUUAUAUUAUAAAAAAAAUGUAUAUUCAGUCACACUGCUUUUUGAUAACUUUUGAAAAUUGGAAGAAUGUGUUUUGCAAAACUCACAUUUGAACCCAAGCAAGUCACCCUUCGUGUUGUGAGUCCUCAUUUGUGGAGAGGGUCAACAGUCAAUGUUGAGCAAUAACAUUUUGGGGUUCCAAAUUUGGCACACACGGUUAGGAUGAGUCUACACAAGGUAUCAACUGAAACACAUUUUCACUCAUUGGUAAUGGAUGUUUCCAGUUUCGCUUCACAACUGCACACUCACACUAUUUGUUUUUUUCCCCAUCCAGUGCAAGGUCAGCAUUUUCAGAAGUGAACGUCUAACGCUGCAGCGAUAAGUCUUCCAGAGUGUACCGCAUCUUCUCGCCACGCAAAGUAACAGAGACACUUCUUAAUAAAUGUGGCCUUAAUUCCGUGACAAACAAACUCACUCACUUUUGGAAGAAACUUUAGCACAACAUGCUGCCGGAGCGCAGGCCGCGCUCUCUCGGUACAUCGUCUCAUGAAUCUGUUUUCACAGAAAAAAAAAAACAAAAAAAAAAACCAACUCAAGUGUGUGUUCAUUAACUUGCUGUCUUACAAAGUAGUUGUACUCGUCUGUGUCCAUGGAAACCGCGUCUCUUGCCAGGAGCGUAAAGGCCUUCUAAGUGUGUGUAGUUAUUGAUGUGGAUUUCCAAAACAAAAACAGCAAUAUUGUCAUUUCUGUCCUGCCUGAGCACUAGUUCACCAGCCUUGGUGUGAAUGUGUGAGUGUGUGAUUGUGUGGCUGUCAUAGUUGCUGUAAUGGAACAUUGAGUCAGACUCGCUCCAUUUCAUCUCUCCCUGAAAGAAAAAAAAAAAAUCACCUCUUCAUUCGGAGUAUUUCUGUCUUCCAGCAGGAUCCAAAAGUCUGAUAAAAUCAUUCGAUGGCAAUACUCGUGUUGCAGUCCAGCUGUUGACGUGUGUGGGGAAGCAAACUAACCAUGAUACUGUAACUUGAAUGUCUGUUAAAUGAAGUAUUUCCCAACUGUCUUAUCAAACCUUGAAAUAGGAACAAAAAAGGAUUCAUUGUACAAAUCUAACUUAUGGCUGUGUCUCGCCACCUUCGCCCACUUGUUGAUUAAGUGUUUUAUAUUGUAAUAUUUUUAAAUUAUUGGUACAAAGCCCCCUUUUGUUUUAUGUAAAAAAAAAAAAAAAAGUGCAUUAUUACCUGUGCUGCCUCGGUUUGGCCUGGACCAGUCAUGAAUCGGUGCUGCAGCAGAAGUGUAGCAACUACAACCCUUUACUCUGCAGGAUGGAGAAUCUUUGGAACUUUUUUUGUCUGCUUUAGCCCUUCACACUUUUGGUUUGUUUACACGUCUUCAUCUCUCUGCGUCUGCUCGAACCGUUAAUAAAAAAAAAAAAAAAAAAACACAAAAAAAGCCUGUCGCCUUGACAAUCUGAGCAGACUUGAUCUCUCCUGCGCUGAAGCCUUGAGGACGAGUGUCAGCAGCAGACGUUACAUUGCCUUCUUAAACACACACUGUAUUGACCUGGUGACACCAAUAUCACGUCAUCUCGUCUGCAUUGAUGGAAUAUCUGAACUGGUAUGUGGUCCGCAUUUGUUUUGACUCUUCCAAAAGCAGCUGUACUCGUGUGUUUUUUUUAUAUAUAUAAUGAGCUCUGAACAAUGUAUGUAUCCUCUAAUAUGCCAAAUGUCUUUGAUGAUGAUGAUCUAGAUUUCAUGCACUGCUGAAUGGAACGGGGCGAAGUGAGAGGCAGCUUUAAACCAAUACGAGCGUGGAGUCUUUCUGUCGCACUCAGCCUUCAGGCUUUGUCCACAUUACUCAUCGCUGACCUCACGAGUCCAGAAUAUCUCAGUUGUAGCGGCGGUUAAACAUGCAGGCAGACAUUAGAUGUUUCAAGGACUUUAGGUUGUGAUUCUGAGACCAUGGAAGCAAAGAUGGGACUCUCUUGCAUCUCCUUUAAAAGCUGUUGGGCCCUCAACAUUGGACCAAAGUCUGGGUGGUCAUGUUCUCCACGGUGAUUCUGUGAUGCCCAGGAUGUCCCCAGUAUUGCAAUGGGGAGACUGCUGUUUACUGAUGAUCUCAUUUUCCCCGCACCUACUCCAAGAAGGUCCAUCCCAGUGUUGGACAUAGUGACCUUCUUGAAUAGUCUCCCUUCAGGGCUCAGUGGGUCUGUUGGCAUUCAAGGUGGGAAACGUAGUUAGACAUAUCAGAAGUCAUCUGUGAUGCUUGAUCCCAUCUCAGAAAGUUAGAUGCAGGAACUGAAAGUUCUUUGCAGAACUGCAUUUCAGAGGAACGCUGUACUUCUGAGAUGCUGUCUGACUGACAUGGGAUUGAAGUGAUGUGGACAAAGCCUGAGACUCGUCGUGCUGUUUGCACUCAAGAGAACAAACCUUUCCACUUCUCUCUGUACAUUUGGAUGUUUCUCUCCAUCCUCUAUCCUGCUUUAGCUUCAGCUUUGGCAGUGGCUCUUCUCCGUGCCUCCUCUUUCUUCCUUCACUCUCACUGUAUCUGUGUAUUACUCUAGUAACGGUCCGCAGAGGUGUCGUCGUGGUAGUGUGCUCAGUGCUCCAGGGUCGCUGAUGAUGGUAGAAGCCUGCGCCGUUUGUAACAUUUUAGCAAUAAUGUCAAAACAAGGGGACUUUUUUUUUUUUUUUUUUAAAUAGCAUACUUUAGUUUUUUUGUUUUUUUUGUACAUAUUGCAGCUUCAGACCAUGCCCAAAAUCUGUAUGUCAUUAAAAGAAAAAGAAAAAACUUGCAAUAUCGGCAUAAAAACCAGAAUAAAAAAGUGAUAUACAAUUUGCUGGUCUGUCUCUCGCUCCUUCUUCUCGU